CGCAGCUGUCACAGAUGCAACUCGGGCAACGGACUAGUUGGUCAAUAGAGCGCAGUAGCUUAUAAUAUGUUGGGUAUAUUCAAUAGACCCUAUGGGGAUCCCAAUCUGAUGCCUUUGGCCAUCGGACCUAUGCCAAUUUUGACCAUACUAUCUGCCUAUUUGCUCUUCGUGCUGAAGCUGGGUCCAUGGUUUAUGGCGAAUCGGAAGCCGUUCCAACUACGUGGCACUCUGAAAGUCUAUAAUGCAGUUCAAGUUCUGUACAACAUCCUGAUCUUUAUAUUGUGCAUGUAUAUUAUACUUACGACUCCACACUACAAGUUCAGCUGCCUGACUCCUCUCGCACUGGAUCACGAAAUGAAGAAGUGGGAACGAUUGCUUGUCUAUAGCUAUUAUCUGAACAAGAUAUUGGAUCUGAUGGACACAGUCUUCUUUGUGCUACGAAAGAGCCACAAGCAGAUUACGUUGCUUCAUCUGAUCCAUCACACCUCUAUGCCAGCGAUAGGGUAUAAUCUGAUACGAUUUUUUGGAUAUGGAGGACACAUUAUUGUAGUUGGAAUUUUAAAUGUCUUGGUACACACGAUAAUGUACACAUAUUACUUCAUAUCGGCUGGCAGCUCGCCGGCUGUCAAACAAUCUCUCUGGUGGAAGCAGUACAUUACGAUUAUGCAGAUGGUUCAGUUCGUACUCAUGUUCUCGCAUAGCAUUUGGACCCUAAUGACACCCAAUUGUCAGGCGAAUCGCAUAACAAUCUACGUGGUUCUAGUCGCUUCAUUCCUCAUGCUUGUCAUGUUUAGCAACUUCUAUAUACAAGCCUACAUAAUGCCAAAAGCUGAGAAAUCGGCAAAUGACAAGCUUAAAUAAGACUCCGUCUACGCAGUCUGUGGGAACUGGUGAAAGAAACCUUCAAUUUAUAUAUAGAAAAUCCUUAUCCAGUCCAAUAUUCUUUCAGAAAUAUAAAAAUAUAAUAAAUGCAGUCUGAGUUAUGAAUUCCAAAUGAGCCGCUCAAUUCGAACCCCCAAGCUAGAGUAACUAGGCAAGCAAAGUAGGCUAAAGGUUAAACGUUUCAGUUUUUAAAGCGAAUUUUAUUUAAAAGUAUUCAAAUUGAAAAUACUUAAUACUUA